GGCGAGCGAGUGACACUAUCAAUAAUGGCAUCAUCAGGCUUCCAUCUGUUACUGCUUCUCCUGGGGGCUAGUGCUGUGUUAGCAUCAAAAACACCCAAGUCAAAGGUUGUAAAAUGCGCCGUAUGUCACAGUCUCAUUACUGAACUCCACAGUUCCAUUUCUCAGGUAGACCCCAGGAAAAAAAUAGAUGUUGGUUCAUAUCGGAUCGAUGCUGAUGGAAAGCAGAAAUUGUCAUCAGUGAAGUACGCUGGCUCUGAGCUGCACAUGAUGGAACUUAUGGAGACAGUGUGUGAGAGCAUGAAGGACUAUGCACAGGCUCGGCACAAGGAAACAGGCCGACUUGAAGCUAUCAGGCUGGUAGUGGAUGGAGCCAUGAACCCACGCUUUAGUGAGUACGAAAUGGUUCAGGACCCUGAUCUCAACAAGGGUCUUGAAUUCCACUGCAACACCCUUGUGGAGGAGUUUGAGGAUGAAUUGGUGGCUCACUUCAGGGAGAAUGCGGAGAGUGACGUUGAGGGUUCACAGCAGACUUUUUGUUAUGAGGUGUCUGAUGUGUGCACUGGGGUUAAGGAUGAAUUGUAAUGAUAAAUUUUUAGGUUAAAUCAUUCAAAGCCAUCAUAAGUAUUCCAUGGAAAAGUGUUCUGUGUUAUUUUUUUACAUAGAUUUGUAUGUAUAUGUGAGGAAUAUUUUAUUUAUGCAUUUUUUUGUUGUCUAAUAGUUAAGAAUGUUUUGAUCUAUAAUGAUUUGUGAUAAAGAUAUAAAUUGAUGAAGCAAUUAAAAAAAAAAAAAAAAAAAUUCUUCUACAUGUAUGAAAUUUAAUUAAUGCAAAUGUAUGUUUUCUAUUAUUGUUAUUACAUAGCAUUAAAAGGAUUGGAAUAAUAUGUCUAAAGAUAUAAUGUUUCUUUAUUUCAUCCCAAGUAUGAUAAUCAUUAUAAUAUUGCCUUUAUUUUAGAUUAGUAUAAACAAUGAGACCAUUAUUGAACAAACUCUGAAAAUCAAUGAUUAUAAAAUUCUCAGAAAUUAAAACUGCUCAGAAAAAGGAUAGCAUUCUAUACUGUAUCUAAGACUGUUUAAGAAUAAUGUUUGUUCUUUUUACAUCCUUCAAAUGUGCUACUAAAUGAAUUUGUAUUACAUUCCUCAAAUUUGUUAUUGAUAGAAUGAAAAAAUAUAUAUAUGAGAUUUUCUUUAUUUAUUUAUUAUUCAUUAAGAUUUAAUUUCCCAAGAACUUUCCAGCAGGACCAAAGAUAUAUUUUUCCUAACUUGUUAUUUGGAAGGCACUUGUAGAAUUAGCUCAGAGCAUUUGGUUGUCAAUAAUUUAUAAAACA